UUCACACUUUCUUGAUUACCGAUUCGAAAAUGGCCGAGGCUGUCAUCAGUGUAGCCGUAGAAGUGGCUCUGUCCAAGGUUAUCUCCAUCCUUGAAGACCCAAUCAGCCUUGCAUGGGAUUUCAAGGACGAGCUGAACAAGCUUCGUUCCUCACUUUCUCUCACUCGAACUUUCUUGCAAGAUGCAGAGAGGAGGCAACUUGAUGAACCUGUCAAAGUCUGGUUGGAGCAGCUGAGAGAUAUUGCUUCUAAGACCGAUGAUGUCUUGGAUGAGAUUGCUUACGAGCAUCUUCGCAGGAAGGUGGACACCCGAAAGAGAACGCAGGUCAGGAACUUAUUUUCUCCCUCCAAAAAUCCCAUGACAAUUACUCUAAAUAUGGCUAAAAAGGUUAAGAAUAUUAGCCAGUCCAUUAAGGAUGUUAACCGUCAGGCCACAGAGUUAGGACUCCAACAACGAGUUCAACUUUCGGCUCCAGUGUCUAGUGGAGUACGAGGAGGCACCCACUCCCUGGUUGACUCAUCACGUGUUGUGGGAAGGGAAGCUGAUGUCCGAAGAGUAGUUGAUCUCUUGAUUGGUUCAACCACUCAUCAAACCUUGUCAAUAGCAUCCAGACUAGGCAUGGGUGGUCUGUGAAAAACUACUUUAGCAAAGUCUGUAUGCAACAAUGACAAAAUACAGAACCAUUUUAACACAACAAUAUGGAUCUGCGUGGCUGAAAAUUUUGAUGUCCGAAGGAUUUUAGGGGAGAUGUUAGAAUCUCUAACUAGAAAGCCUUGUGAGAUCAAGAACCAGGAUGUUGUACUUCGUGAAAUACAAAAGGAGUUGAAAGAGAAGAGCUUCCUUCUUGUGCUUGAUGAUGUGUGGGAUGAGGACAUUAAAAACUGGGAGGACUUAAGGGGCAGUUUGCAGGUAUAAAUGAAAGUAAACAAAGUUGGAUUCUUGUCACAAGUCGCAGUGAAAAUGUUGCAUUAGUAAGGGAAACACCUCCUGGUCACAGGCAUCAUCUUAAGGAAGUGAUAGAUGAGGAGUGCUGGUCCAUUAUCAAAGAAAGAGCAUUUGGAAACUCU